AGCGAAUUGAUAAUGGAGUCCAACUUCCCCGAAGGACCUGUUUCAGUGAUUACGAGUGAUUGUGGCCUUUUUGUUUUCUGGAUACAGGAGUGUUAUAAUUUAUAUAUUAAUUUCGUUAUUAAUUAGACGGAAGAAAAUGACCCUCUGGCUGUAACAGCACCUAUUUUAUGUCUUAACUUUAGCUAGUUUACAAUUUUGCAGGUAUACCUGUGCAGCAGCAUCCCUUUUAAAAAAUUUUCUAUAAUUUUUUGCGUAUAUAGUUUUGUACUCCUGCACAGCUGCAACCAUGCAGCAGGAGUUUCUGUUCAAAGUUUUGGUAAUCGGGGACUUAGGAGUCGGUAAGACGUCUAUUAUCAAGCGGUACGUCCAUCAAAUCUUCUCCCAGCACUACAGGGCCACCAUCGGGGUGGACUUUGCCCUGAAGGUGUUGCAGUGGGACAAUGACACAGUGGUCCGGCUGCAGAUGUGGGAUAUAGCAGGGCAGGAGCGGUAUGGCAACAUGACUCGCGUGUACUACAGGGAGGCAGUUGGCGCGUUGGUGGUAUUUGAUGUGACAAGGGCCUCCACGUUCGAUGCUGUGCUUAAGUGGAAAGAUGACCUGGACUCUAAGGUGACUCUGAACCAUGGGAGACCAGUUCCUACAGUGCUCUUAGCCAACAAAGCAGACCAGAUGGCUUCCCAGCUGCCCAAACUUGACUCCUUCUGCAAGGAGAAUGGCUUUGUGGGCUGGUUUGAGACUUCUGCAAAGGAAAACGCAAACAUCGAGGAGGCGGCACGCUGCUUGGUGCACCACAUCCUGCUCAACGAAGAGAGCCCAACGACCGAACGAGAGCCCGGCUCCCUCAUCCUGUCUGGAUUCACAAGCACCACAAAGAAUCCCUUUAGCUGCUCCUCAUGUGUGAAAUGGUGACUCCUAAAAAGAAAAACUGUUAGACCACAGGCACCAGACAAGGUUUCAUCCUGAAGGUUUUAAAUUUUUUUCCUGGGUUG